GCUCAAGUGCGAUUUUGCGCACGAGCGUUCUUCCAUUUCAGCCAGCGGUGUUUUUUGCUGAUUCUUUGCAUCAUUAUGAUCGGCCUGUUGAUGCGCUCCGUCUUUGGCUUCGGCGGCUUCAUGGAGGGCGGCUCCAUGCUGAUGAUGGGUGGCGCCCUUGUGGGGAUUUGCGCCAUUUGCGGUCUUUGGAAGUGCCGGAACUGCCGCAUGCGCGACUGCGGGUGCAUCAAGAGAUGCCUGAGAAAUACAGGUGUCGACAAAUUCGACGACUUUGAGCUCAUGAUUGUCGUGCACGAAGCUUUGUUCACAGGCGGCAAGGCCAAGAGCAACGUUUGUGUGCGCAUUACCGCGGGCCUUGAGUGUGUCCAGACAGGCGAGAACUCCAAGGCAGUGUACCACGAGUCGUUGAGCAUCCUGGUGGAGCAGGGCACUGACACUGUGGUGGUGGAGCUUUGGGACGUGCGAGAGCGGCGGUCUCUGGCAAGCGUGAAGUUUGAUCCCAUGAAGGACCUAUUGAAUAGCGAAGACCUGGGCAGGGAGAAGGUGUUUUCCAUGAAGCAGAAGACCAAGGGCCUCUUGAACCCUCGCGUAAGGCUCAGCAUCCACCUGGACACGGAUGAGGGCAUGGAGAAGGGCCUUUUGCAAGAUGUGGACAUGAGCCGUGAGACAGACAUGCUGCUGCGCUCCCAGCUCCAGAAGGCUCAGGCCAACGAGCGUGCUCGCGGCUCCCGUGAGGAGGGCGUUGCCAAGGACGCUCCACCUCAAAAGGAGCUGUCCAAGGUGGAGCUCUUUGCCAAGGGCUGCGCAGGACCGUUGGACCAAUUUGGCUCCUGGGGAAGCCGUGACCAAGUGUGGAUUGCUGUGCGAGGACCCCCGGACCAGAAGCGCUACUCCCUGUGCAUCUACCCCGAUGAGUCGCACUGCAACAAGGGCGGAGAUCCUGCCUUGGAGGUGGACCUGUUGAAGGUGCUGAGCGUGCAGCCCGACCCUGCCCGGGCGGAGGUCUUCAUCAUCAAUUAUGUGGAGAAGAACAAGGUGAAACAGCGCCUCACGUUCUCCCGCAUCGACCGCGCACGGGACAUUUGGGUGGAGAUGCUGACGCUGCUUAUCACCAUGAUCCGGGAGGACAAAGAAGCGAAGUCAAGGAGCAAGCAGAAGUAAGCUGCACCCCACUGAGCUGCCAUCACGUCUCGCACA